GUUCUGAACUGCCCACCGUCGGGACGCCUACUCUCUGCCGCAAAGGGUGGUCGACUCGGUAACAUCAUGUUUGAAUACGCCACGCUGCUGGGGGCCAGUCACAUCCUUCAUCGACCAGUCUGGCUGCUACCAAAGAUGGCCGAAACCCUCGAGGAGUACUUCGAACCACUAUCAACACGCCCGCUACCCGUUGGAUGUAACUACAACUGGACCGAGAUUAGCGUGGAUGCGCUAAUCAAAGACGCAAAAGAGGAUCGGGAUUACCUUAUCGGUGGCUACCCGACGGCGGUGCAUUUCUUUCACCCAAUUCGUGACCGGGUGCUGCGGGAGCUCACCUUCCGAUCCGAGCUGACCCUGUCUGCUGACCGGCGGCUGACCGAACUGGCCCGUCGGGCUAACGUGACCUCACCGACCUUCAUUGGCGUGCACGUGCGUCGCACCGACUAUGCCACGUGGCUGCCUAAAAUGGUCGAGGGUCGGCUGGUGGACAGGGACUACUUAGAGCGUGCUCUGGCACUGAUGCGAAGUCGCCACCGCGACGCAUUAUUCGUGGUUGUUUCCGACGACCUGGAGUGGUGUAAAAACGAACUGAUAUCCCGAUCCAACUCUACUGAUAUCGUUCUGGCUGGUGACGGUGUCCAAUCUAAACCGGGCACGGAUCUGGCUCUGUUGGCUGCCUGUAAUCACACUAUACUCACACACGGCACGUUUGGGUUCUGGGGGGCCUAUAUGGCGGGAGGUGAGGUGGUGGCACCCACACAGUACGGAAAACGGAGGACUGGUGUGGAGACUAAUGUCGGUAAAGCCGGCCUCAACUGGACGAGAAUACCGGCCUUCACUGCUCCGCCGACCACGAAGGUCGUACGUGUGAACGGGCUCAGGAGAAUGACUUCGUGAUCUAUUCUAUAGACGAAAAUAAUACGCGAAGUGCUUGUUUUUACGAUA